CUCGCGUGUUUAUACCAGCAAUUGUUUUUCACAAACUAGUAAAACUGCAGCUCACCAAGAAAUAUACUUUUGCCUAUUUUGAUUCAUUCACAUUGUACAGCUAUUGUAGUGGCUAUUUUUUUGAUUUCAGAAAAGAGGUCAGUGCUCCCGACUAAAGAGUCAGCUAUUGCGUGUUUUAAAAACUAUUGUAGUUUAUACAGUAAAUAUUUUCCUUGUUCUCCUUACACGUAGGAACGUGUUUGGAGAGCAGCCGGCAAGUCGCAGGCUUUGUUCCUGGGCUCCGAGUGCAAGCUGGGCCAGGGUGGGACGGGCGAGGCUUUCCCCGGUAAAAUGACGGCCAUCGUUUCUGCAGAGAAAGCUGUGCGCCUUGCUCUGCCCCGUCUCCUCCCAGUGCCCGACCGCUGUGUGUGGCGUCACGGUCGGUGAGCUCUGCCACCAGAAGGCCCAAAUAAGGGAGCGCGAAGUCCCGGCUUCCUCCGCAAAUCUGCAAAAGGCGUCGCGGAAACGAAGGGGUCGCGUCCACCCCCGAGGGCUUUACUGUGAGGUGGUUGGUCGGCUCCGGCGGCUGCGUGACCCCAGCGUAAGCGAUGAUUGGAGGAGCUGAGGUAACAGGUGGCCCUCUCGGCCACUCAGCGGCCGGGAAACUGUUAGUUCCGGGUGGAGGGUCGACGGCCGACGGGAUCCUGAGGCUUUUCCCUGAGUUAACAUGGCUGCGCCCGGCAGGUCGUGGGGUCGUGGGUGAGGGAAGGUGGAGAAGCGUUCCCUCGGCUUUGCCCACGGUCCCCUCGGCGAUGGCGCUUCGGUCAAGGUGCUGGGAGUUGUUGUCGGCCCGCAGGAACCCCGGGCGCGGGGUCGCGGCGCUGUCCACCCGUUCCGAGCCGGAGGUGCAGCCUGAAGCCGACCCUCUGGGAAACGACGCUGUGGCCCCCGAGUUCACCAACCGGAACCCCCGUAAUCUGGAACUCUUGGCCGUGGCCCGGAAGGAGCGGGGCUGGGGCACCGUGUGGCCCUCCCGGGAGUUCUGGCACAGGCUGCGAGUUAUAAGGACUCAGCACCAUGUAGAAGCACUUGUUGAGCAUCGCAACGGCCAGGUUGUGGUUUCUGCCUCCACACGUGAGUGGGCUAUUAAAAAGCACCUUUACAGCACCAAAAACGUGGCGGCUUGUGAGAACAUAGGACGGGUGCUGGCGGAACGAUGCCUUGAGGCAGGAAUCAACUUCAUGGUCUACCAACCAACUCCUUGGGAGGCAGCCUCAGAAUCGAUGCAGCGACUGCAGAGGGCUGUGACGGAAGGUGGUGUGGUGCUCCGGGAGCCUCGGAGAAUUUAUGAAUGAGACAAACAUUGUUUGGAACUUGUCAUUGUUAAGCUGUCAGCCAUCACAUCCCUCAGAAGGGAGCCCCUGGAAGAACAGCCGACUGGGAAGCUGUGCGCAGUAAUGUCACUGCAGAAUGUUGUUAGCAGUUACACACAGCCCCUUCUCCCCUUGUGUGUUAGCAGUUACACACAGCCCCUUCUCUUGGACAUGAGAGCGGUAUCUGAGAAAAGCUGUCACCAGUUAUAAUUAACUUUUGAAGGACAAAUUAAAGGUUUAUAAGUUAAAGAAUAAAAGCAUAGUGUGAACUUGAA